AUGGCGGGGCCGGCCGCCCCCCCCCACAAGCUUUCUUUCAUCUCGCACUUCUCAUCGUUCAGCCUCAUCCAUCGGCCUUCCUCCUCCUUCUCUCGAUUCUUUAUAUGCCGCUCAAACUCCCCUCCCUCUUCUCUUCUUCUCCCUCACAGACCUAGAAGAAACUCUAGGCUUCUUGCUGUCAUUGAAAACGAAAAGAAGACCAACUUGGAAGCUGUAGAUUUUGAGGAGGAUGGGAGAGCUAUUGGCGGCUCAGUCGGCGCUGUUGAUGAGAGAAAGCGCAGGGCACGGCCUUGCGAGCUCUACGUUUGCAAUCUCCCGAGAAUCUACGAGAUCUCCAAUCUUCUUGAGUUAUUCAAACAUUACGGAACUGUUCUUUCGGUAGAGGUAUCACGUGAUCCUCAAACAGGUAUUAGUCGAGGUUGCGGUUUUGUUACAAUGGCUUCAAUUUCUGAAGCAAAAUUAGCAAUAAAUGCUUUGGAUGGGUCUGAUAUUGGUGGACGUGAAAUGCGAGUAAAGUUUUCAGUCGACAUGGUUUCUAAUAGGAAAAAUGUGGAGGCUCUGAACUCUGCCCCUAAAAAAAGCAUUGUUUUUGAAAGUCCUUACAAGAUUUAUGUUGGUAACCUAUCUCGGUCAAUAAGGGCUCAAGAGUUGAUGGAAUAUUUUAGUCGGUUCGGAAAAGUUAUUAGCACAAGGGUUCUUCAUGAUCGAAAAAAUGGCAAAAGUCGUGCUUAUGCAUUUAUUUCGUACUCUACUAUUGAUGAAGUUAUGGUUGCGGCGGAAGCAAAUGGAUCGGAGUUUUGCGGGCGCAUUAUGUCAGUGAGAGAAGUUAUUGAUCAGUCCCAUUGACCUAAUGAUGAAAUGAUUUUACAAUUUUGCACUAGAACAACUUCUUGUUAUCUUUCUGGGAUAUCCCAACCACACCCUCUAGGGUUGCCGCCUUACAAUAUGCAAAUUUACGAAUGUGAACUGUUUGGAGCUUGAGGUGGGUUGUUUGUGUUAAUUUGAUGGAGUCAAAAUUUUUCAAGCUCUUCAGGUUGAUGCGGAUUUGCUUCCUUUGGUGGUGGAAAAUUUGUUGCAGUUUGAUGUGGAGGUGUUGAUUUUUGGCAUUACUCAUUGGAUUAAAAAAGAAUGAAAAGAAGAGAUGCAAUAUUUAGACGGUGGCAUGACUUUUGCUUUAUCACUGUAAUAUGAUUUUUACUUCAUAUUUUUGUGUGGUUUGCACUUGAUUUAAAAU